UGCCUGUUCUAGCACCUGUGCCCUUGCUCCUCAUUCCGGUUUCCCCUGACCCAUUCUUGGGUGAGUGCCAGUGUUCUAGAAAGGGGAGAGAGGGCCAGGUUCUAGAAUGGUCUUUCCCUCAAGAUCGCAUCUAGAACACGAGAAGGGCAUCUUGUACAUCAGCUGGGAAUAAACUUGCCUUGCCUUUGGCCGCUUCCCCAGCAGAUUCUUACUCCUCUCCUGGCUGCUCAGUCCUUUCUCCUAGAGACUACCCGCUUCUGGCAGGGAUUUCUAGAAACCCCGUAGGCCUUGAGUGCCUUGGUUUUGCCCCGCCCCCUCUGACUUUUGCCUCUUGUGGGCAUGAACCUCGCCCACACCACUGUGCUCCUGUGGGUGUGGGGGAGCCUCCAGGCCUUCGAAAUUGUGGAGCAGGAGAAUAUUUUCCAGCGGACCCCCUGCCCAGCCUUUCUGAUGUUUGACAACGCAGCCUACCUGGCAGACAUGAGCUUCGAGCUUCCCUGCCACUGCAAGCCUGAGGAGGUGUCCACCGUGGUCUGGUACUAUCAGAAGCACCUGGGCAGCGACCACACCAGAGUGCUCACGGACUUCGAUGGGCGGGUGCUGACAGAGGAGUCCCAGGUGAGCGUGGGCAGCGACAUGCUGGUUCGCUUCAGCAUCCGCAUGUUCAGCCUCCUGGUUUUCCGGGCGCAGCCCGAGGACUCGGGCUUGUAUUUCUGCGGCACCCGCAAGGGGGACUACUUUUAUGCCUACGACGUGGACGUCCAAAGCGGGGAGGACAUGGUGGCCACCUUCAAGGACCAGGGCCAGGAGCCGUUCGCAGACGAGCACCACGGGAACCUGCACAUCUUCACCACCUUCUGGGAGUGGACCCCGUGCGACCGCUGUGGGGUGCGAGGGGAGCAGUGGCGGAUUGGCCUGUGCUACCUGCAGAGCCCGGGUCUGUCCCCGCGCUACCGCAGGACCCUGCCCGACGUGGUGUCCUGUGGCUCACAGGCGGUGCCGGAGAAGCUUCGGGCCCAGGCCAGGGAGCACACGCCCGAGCUCCUGGUGCAGAGCUGCGUGGUGCCCUGCGAGAAAAAGGAAGUUCGUGAGGGCUUGGUGGCCAUCCUCAGCUACGUGUCCAAGGUGGGCAGCCGGCCCUGGCUGCCUCAGGUGCCCAUCCAGUUCCACCAGCAGAGGCUGGGCCAAGGACUCAUUAUCUCCUGCCCCGGGGCCCGGCCAGAGCAUGCCGUGGCCUGGGACAAGGACCGCCAGUACUUCUACCGCACGCAGUACCUGAGAGGUGUCAACCGGUCCAUGCGGGUGUUCAUCGACCACGGCAACCACCUCCACAUCCGCUUCACCCAGCUCAGUGACCGGGGCAUCUACUACUGCUGGCGGCAGGGCGUGAGGGUCGCCGGCUUGCGGCUGGGUGUCACAGCCCGAGGCCAGAACCGGGUCUCAUUCUCAGACCCUGAGACUCGCUCCGCCGUGCAGCUCACCCUGAUAGGCUACUUGGUCAUCACGGCCGUCUUUGUCACCAUUCACCUCUGUCGCUGCUGCUGUUACUUAUCUCGCUGUUGGCCCAACUACUCUCCCUAGGUCCCCUCCUCUUCCCGGCUUGGAAGACCAGUUGGGCUCAGAUGUGUUUGUUAAGUGAUCCCGGAUGCCUCUGGCUGA